GUAAAUUCAGUUUUUCAGUCAGUCUUGUCGGUUCGCUUGGUGCGGUUGGAUUUCGAAAAUUUUAUUACGGCAGUAGCGACAGUGGCGCAGCAAAAACAAAAACAAAAAAUAUACGGACACACAAAUACAAACAAAUAAAAAUAUUGAAAAAUACUUUGCAUACUACCAACGUCAAUGAAGUGAAAUUUAUUUGCAUACAAAUUAAGGAAAAUCGAUACCGAAAAAGAAAAGUUAAAUUUAAAUACGUACAUACCUGUUAAAGCCACAUAGUGAUACGUUUGAAAAAAAACAAAAAAAAUUUCGAAAACGCCCAAAAAUGGAGUGACGCAGAUUUAGCAAAUCCGUUGCUGCAGAAUUUACUUUUUGACAUUUCAAUAGUUGCUAACGUCGCCGUCGUCGUCGCCCCCCUUUUCGCUUUUGUCGCUGUUGCUAGUCAUACAGCUGUAAUUUGGAGUGUCCCUUAAAUCGGUUCAGCGGUAUGUCGGUAUGUAGGUGCGCCGGACGUCAAUAGUUUUAUUUUCUGCUAUUAUAAAACUCGAGCACAGCGUUUUUCUAGUAACUACUUUGCUGUAAGAAAUAUUUGAGCUUGUUGUUGCUGCUACUUCCAUUGUUGCCUUUGUCACAGUGUUAUUUCAGUAUUGGUGUCGGUUAUUUCAGUAUUGAAAUUUUUUUUAGAAGCCGCAAAGUUAAAUUGAGAGCGCGCGUUUACCGCUGCCCGCUGUCCGUGGACCCCGAACCCAACAGCGGCCAAUACAUUUAUAAUCGGUUUGCUCUCUCUCGCCAGCUGGAUGUUUGUUCUCAUUGCCCUAUUUCGCAGUGGCAGCGCAGUCGAGACGUAAAAGCAUAGGGAAGCAGACAUUGGCAGAUUUUGGGAUGAUGUUGCUGGUCGCACAUCCCAUUCGCCACUCCUCCAGUAAAUCCAAAGCGGCUCAUAAAUGUUGAUGCCGCGGCUCCAAUAUCACCUUAAUGGUUAUAGUCCAGAAAUGAGCAUAGCAUUAAGCAUGCAACAUCAGCAACAACACAUCAAUCAAUUACUGAAUACAGCAGCGGCCGCUACUGGCAUUGUCGGCGACGUGGACGCCUUACUUACGCCCAUACCAAACAACAAUCAUCCGCCAGCACGCAUGGAGACUGGACGCGAACGUAACCUAUGGCGCACCAACGAGAUUAUGGAGGUGUUGACCAUUAUGCAGGAGAUAAACGCUCUCGAUAUGCUCAACCAUAAGGCAAUGAAGAGCGAAUUGGUGUUCCGUAAAGUGGAAAGAAUAAUGCAUACACGCGGCUUUCGAAAAAAAUCACACAUACAAAUUUCAACCAAGUGGAAAUUUCUUAAAUCGACUUAUAGAACAUCGCGACGCAAUGGCAUAAUACCGAAAAUGAUACCGCAAGCGAUUUACGAGGAGUUGCAUAAAAUGUUGCAGAAUGCCAAUAACAGUUGCUCGGGCCGUUCGAUCAGUGAUUGUGGUAAUUCGGCUACAUCGGUAGACGGUGACAAUUCCAAUGGUGCCACUGUGAAUGGCAGUGAUGGUGUCAACGAGGGCCAAUUGAUAAUAUCGGGGGUAGAAGGUGGCUAUGGAAGCGGAAGCAAAAAUUCGUUAGAUGGUGCGGUUGAGGGUCACCAAUCGGACGAAGAGAAUGGCUUGGCUCAUCCCAUAUUUGGAUUUCGUUUGGGAUUAGUAAAGCAGGAACCAGCUGAUACAGGUUACGAGAGCUCUAUGGUUAAGGAAAAAAACUCAACAGCUAACAUACAAUUCCAAACCGAAAUCAAGCAAGAAGCAAACGAGGACUCUGAUUCCCCAGUGGCAUCUACCACAUCGACACCGCAGCCGCCAGUCGAAGAACAGCUAGAACAUCCACAGCCACAACAACGGCAAAGUAUUCCAGAGAUAAUGAUAUUGAGUCGACGCACAGUACGCCACUCACCCGCCGCCACUACCACCACCGCCACAAGCAAACCCAAUGUCACCACUACACCCAAAACCACCGCAACAAUCACAACCCAACCAAAGCCAAACAGCACAAGCACUCCGAGUCCAACACCACUACCGCCACUGCGUAUAGCACCCUUCGCCAAGGUGCCGCCAAGUGAAAUCACAACGCCUAUAUCAACUGCAAAUUUACCACCCCCACCACCGCUGGCCAUGAAUCCUACAUCACGGGCAUUGCGGCUGAGUAGCGCCUACAGCAGUGGAGUAUAUGCCAAUGCAGCCAAAGGCAAUGCCGCAGCCGCCGCCGCCAGUACCAACACAAACACUAACGCCGCUAGUACUGCAACAUAUCAACGCAAAUUUACUACCAAUAAUCCGCGUGGGCUCACCAUUGCCGCUUCGGAACGACCGCCUACGGUACAGCCAUAUUUGCGACGUCAUGAAAUUGUGGUGCCCGACUUAGAUAUAGCGGCAGCACCACACGAAUAUCGGGCGACGCAACCAUUUUACGGGUUUCCCGAUGGUCCAUCUACCAGUCAACAAGCCCAGCAACAUCAAUCGCAACAGAUGGAAGCGCGAAAGCACCGCUUAAAACCAUCACUCAUGAUUAACAACACAAUGCCGGCAAAACGUCUGAUGCGGAUGCCCGAAAUACACACAAAACCAGCACCACGACAAGCAAAAUUAGAAUUCGUUGGUGCUGGUGGUGGUGGUGCUGCUGCUGAUAUUGGAGACGAUGGACUGAAUUCCAGUUCCGACGAGGAAAGCAACGCCACUUAUCAACCGCCGCCACAACAGCAGAGGCAAGAGCAACGGCAAGAGCAACAGGCGCCGUUGGACAACGUUGAGCGCGAACAGAGCUAUGCCAGAGUGUUGCAAGACAUAGCGAUUUCCUUGCGGCAAAUGCAACGUGAAGUGAUCAACGAAUUCUUCAAGCGACAAAUGAAGUUAGCACGCGAAGAGCACGAAUACCAGAUGCGACAAGAUGAUUUGCUGAUGAAAGCAUUCAAGGAACAAUCGCUACAAUUCCAACAGUUGGGCAAGCAAAUGUUGGGUAGCGCCGUAAAGCUGGAAAAGCGUAAAAAGCGAUUGGAAAAACAAGAACGGAAGCAGAUUAUAAAUCACAGAAAGAUGGAGACACGCCAAAUGCAGAAAAAUGAGUGCAAGAAAGGAAAAUUUUUGCUUAAUGGCAGUGGCAAGCCGAAGGCGCAGAAUAAAGAAGUAGUGGAGAAAAAUGAAAAAGGCGUGAAGAUACUAAUGAAGAAUUUGCACGCACAACUGGGUCUGACGGAAGAUGAGGAUUGUGACGAUGAACAGAAUCAAUACGACUAUGAUGUUAGUGAAUAUUUGCAAGCUAAUAGUAAUGAUAUGGAGCAAACAUCAUUCGAUAUGAUGAACCGGCACGAAGAGCACAACGAGGAGACCCAAGACGAUGCCGAGGGGAAUUUUAUAUCCGAACCCAUGAUAGUCGGGCAUUAGAAUUUAAGAGAAGAGUUCAAAUAAUUUAAAAGUAUAGCAAAGGAAGACAUGAAGCAAAAGUUAGGUGAAAGAAGUAAAAGUGGUGAAGUCGGCAAUUAAUUUACCGAUUAAAAACAAAUUAAACAAACCAACGCACAUUCCGGCGUGAAAGCGUAUUCCUUAUAAAAUUAGUAAAGGCUUAGACCUCUAAAUAAUAUUUUUCAGAUAUAAAUAUGUGAUUAAAUAUAGAAACUAAUGCUAGUUAUUUUUUAAGUUA